UUCUCACGGCAGGCUGUUCCAUCCGAAUGAUCCGAACUGAACGAGAAAUUAAUCGAUACAUCUACUUUUCAUGCUAUGAGCUGGAAACAUCACUUCGAUCUGCAUCUGAAGACCGAUUAUAACGAAAUGAUGCGGAGGGAAUCCCUGGAACGUCUUUAGUUGGAUCAUGUUUACAUGAUUUUUUAGAGGUUAAGUCGUCUAGGUUACAUUGAUUACAUCGAGUUGGAAGAUAGUUGGGUGAGGAGGGGUAGGCAGGAUGGACAGGGCCAAGUCAGGAAUUACUCGGGGGCCCAAGAGCAAAAUAGCUCAUCACCCUCCGGAUCUAUUUGCACUUGGCUCCAAAACGUCUAGGAGUGAGACUCUGGAGUCGAAGAGGCCAGGGAGUAUUUAUGGGAAAGCUAGCACCUCGUCGGCUUCAAGUGCAGGUUCAGACAGAAAGAAAGAAGCCCCAACGCCGCUGCAAUCCCUGAUCCCCCCAAAGAAGCCAAAACUGAGUACUCAUGCUCCCCACCCUCGGCCCCCAAUGUCCAGUGCCGAAGCCUGGGAGGUGGUGGCCAUCGACUGUGACCCAGCAGACCUCGUCCCAAUGGUCCUCGAAGCCAGCGACAACGACGAGGGUGACAAGGUCAUAGGUCUCAUCUGCGGAGUGAUAAAAACCCUGAAGAACCAACGAGGCAAGCCAGACUCCCUCCUCUACAUGGGCCUCAUGUACCUCGCGAAGCUCCGUCCCUCAAUCUUCUCCAACGACUGCAUCCUCCACGCACUAUCCUCCCUCCUGAAACGAGACCAGUCCCACAACUUCGCUAAGAACAAAGGCAACCCCCUGGUCCCAGUGCUAGCAGCGAAUCUCCUGAUGAGGGGUUACCACGAGAAGAAGAAUUGGCCAGAAAUUUUCAUAAAACUGUACAUCGACGACGCCCUCGGCGAGCGAGUCUGGAUCGACCACGAGGAGUGCAAGGGUUUCGUGGACAACAUCCUCUCUGGAUUCAACACGAGGCACCCCCCCAAGAGCGCUCUGCAGCACGAAUUAUCAGUGCUAGCCCCUCGCGACUGCCACAGCCCCUCCACCCUGGAGGACGACGACUCCGGCACUUCCCUAAUCCAACUAACUGGAGACAAAGACAAAUCGGAGUUCACAGUGAGCCCCAGAUACUCCCACUGCAUGGAGAGUGUCGAGAACAUCGUCCUGGAAGCCGUGAAAGAGCAGCUAAAUCGUCGCCAGCAGCAGGCAGAGUCAAUAACAAAAAACUUCCUGAAACUUCUGUCGUCAGCCUGCGGCUUCGUCGAGAUACGAAACAUCUCAGUCCCAAGAUUGGAAAUGUGGCUGCAUAAUCCUAAACUGAUGAAACCAGCGCAAGAGCUCUUGAUCUACAUCUGCUACAACUCCACAACGCACACCCAGCGUGACGUCGAAGUAAUCAGUCAACUGGUGAAGAUGAGACUGAAGACGAAAGCUGUAAUCAGCCUGUAUUUGAAUGGAGUGAAGGAGCUGAUCGGUCUGCACCCUGAGAACCUGUCGACCAUCCUGAAGCACACGAUCUACAACGAGUUAUCCAAUGCCAGGAACCCCAACAACAUGCCCAUGCUGGGUGUCAUGUUCCAGGCAGCUCCAGAGGCCUCAGCAAAGCUCUUAGCCGAGAUCUUCCAGGACUUGCUGAUGAACAGAGAAGACUUCUUGCGGCCACUACGAGCCCUAUUCAGAGAAAUCGUUCGUGUCUGUCGUCACGACAUCAACCUGAUCACCCUCGCACGAACCCUGAUGGCUGAGCGAGCCCAGCUGUCCCAGCAACUCCUGACCUUUGAGUUCAAGGAGAGAAUGUUCGUGUCGAUAAUCGAUCUCCUGUGCCUCUGCAUGUUCCUGGGGAUCAGUCCCCAAGUAAAAGAAGCCUCACUUCUGUCUCAGCGUGGGGACAAGAAGGACGCAGCCUUACUCCAUCAGUUCCAGACGCUCGUCUCCACGAUUCAGUAUGAGACAACUUCCUGGCUGCAGACGUUAGCACAGCAGACUUACGGAGUUGGCAGGACUGAGAUCCUCCACGCGAUCCAAAAGAUCAUGCUUCUGGAGUCGUUGGAUCAAUACUACAAGCUCGACAACUGGCCCCCAGAGACGGAGAGAGUUCUGUUCAUGAGGAUCGUGUCCGACGUGCCCCUUCUUCAGAACACACUACUGAGGAUUAUUCUCAUGGGGUUCACGAAGGAGAAUGGCCUGACCCACUCGGAGGUCCUUGACAUUGCUGAUCAGUUGAUAAAGCGAGCAGCUGCCAACUCCACGGAGACCUUCCCAACCCUGGAGAUCGAAAAAAUGGACAUAAUCGAACUGAUCUUCAAUCUCUGCAUCUACCAGCCCCCAGGCUCCAUAAACAUUCCCUCUGGCUACGUCCCCCCAAACCUAGCGAUCUCAAACUUGUACUGGAAGGGCUGGAUAAUGCUGCUGAUCCUGGCUGCACAUAACCCCUCGACAAUCGGUGCAGUUGGAUGGAAACGUUAUCCCAUCUGGCGAACACUGAUGGAGAUGUGUAUAACGAAUCACUUUCAGUAUCCCCCACCGACGAUGGCCCUGCCAGAGGUGAUAGAGCAGGAACGAGCGAAGGAGCUGCAGAUUGAGACCCUCGAGAAGCAGGAGAUCCUGGAGUACGAGUCCCACCUGGCAGCUGCCUCCACCAGAGUCCAGAUAUCAGAAUCAAACAGUCUUCUGUUAUCUCAAUUGAUCACUAUGGAUCCCACUGGGAUCGCCAGACGACCGCCCCCAGCUGUUCUGGAGCAAUUGCAGUCUGUGAACAUCUCCCUGAGACUGGGCCACCUGCUCUGUCGAUCGAGAAAGCCAGACUUCCUGCUGGACAUCAUACAACGCCAGCAGCAGAGCUCCUCCCAGAGCAUGCCGUGGCUGGCUGACCUGGUGCAAAACAGUGAGGGCUCACUGAGUCAACUGCCUGUCCAAUGUCUCUGCGAAUUCCUCCUCUCGACGACAGCCCAAGCUGUCGACAAGCAGCCACGACAGCAGCAGCUCCUCGCACACCUCCAGAAACUUCUGACUGACCCCAACGAGGAUCAGCAGCACGCCUGUGAGGUACUGGAGUACUUCUUGAGGAGAUUGAGCAGUCAGCAGAGCAACAAUCGUCUCCAGGCGAUCACAGGACUCAAACUCGUCCUGGAAUCCAUUCCCCUGGAGGACGAGAGCAUGGAGGUGGACGGGGACCUUGAGAAAGAGCUCUGGCUCCUGCGAAAGCUCCCAUCAAUCCCCCACUUUCCAGCAGUGAAACCACUGGUAUCAACGGCACUGAGAGGUGCCUGUCAGGUCGAGAAUAAUCCAGAGCUGGUUCGUGCAUACGUGGCGUAUCUUGCUGAGCACACACAGGACGACGAUCUCCCUGAAUUAACUGAUCUAGCCAAUGAGAUAUCCCAAGUGGUGGUUGAGAGGAGCACAAUCACAGCGGCCAUCCUCCCAGAGCCCGACAACGAGUCUCCCCAGUCCAGGCAGACCCUCCAAGCCUUCAAAUCCAUCUUCUGUAAUUAUCUGGAGAAGGCGAGGUCGCCUCGUGGGGAGGGCUACACCUGGUCUCAGAGUCAGGAUCAGAUUCUCGUCCAAUGGAACACUGGGGAGGAGUGCACAAUGCACAUCCUCGUGGUUCACGCCAUGAUAAUCCUCCUGACGUACGACGUGCUCGACGAGUCAGGACUAUCAAACGAUUUACUGGAGAUUUGGUUUCCAGAGAGUGGAGAGCCACCAAAGGCCUUCCUGGUGGACACCAGUGAGGAGGCUCUGCUAAUACCUGACUGGCUGAAGCUCAGGAUGAUCAGGAGUAAUGUCCCCAGACUGGUUGACGCAGCGUUGAAAGACCUCGAGCCCCAACAGCUGGUGCUGUUCAUCCAGAGCUUUGGGAUUCCUGUCACUUCGAUGAGCAAACUACUUCACACGCUGGACGUGGCUGUCCAGCUGGAUCGUGACUCUGUGAAGGAAGCAGUUCUCGAUAAAACGUACAUGGCGCAGUUGGUGAAGGUCCAGCAUCGGAGGGGUGCCACUGGGGGCCUAGUGUUCGUUCAAGUCCUCCAGCUGCUGGAGCCUCAAUUGCCGGACGAGCCAGGCCUCAAGACCGAGAAUCUGCAGGAGCCACUGCCCCAGAGUGCAAUGGUGAAGAAACAAUCAGUCAUUCAGUGUCCAAUCAAAACCGACGUGCCUCACCUCAUCAAUAAACUCUUCAUCGAGAACAUGCCGAUGAGCCAGAAGACUGAAGCCUAUCGAAGACUCCACAAGACCCUCGCCAAGGACCUUCAGAAGUCUCCUAAAGAGAGUGGGGCCGUCGUUCUUGCUAUCCAACACAUCUGCAGUGUCCUCAGUUCAAUGCAGGUGAAGCAGUUCCUGGCGUCGCUGGUCCACAUGCCUCAGUACUCGUGCACGCUCAUGAGGAUGAUCCUCCUGCCUCUGAAGAAACCAUCAACAUCGCAGCAUGUCGUCGACCUGGGCCGCAACAUGUGCCUGAACCUAGUUUCCCUCAUCGGCGACAUCAAGGCCCCGAUUCUCCACAUUCUGCGGGACUUUGCGAAUGUUCAUAUGAAGAAAGUCCCGAAGAAGAAGGAGUUGAUUGUCUACACGAAGAAUCGAGACCCUGGGAGUGUCCUGGAGAGCACAGACCCACUGAAUUUGGAGAGUGUGGGGAGGAUUCUCCUGGACAUUUGCCUGAAAGAGCAGAAGAAUGAUCUCCUGGUGGAGGCAAUGGCCAGACUCCUGGUGAAUGACAGUAACGAAGGUCUCGUGAGGCCCAGGACAGGCCUCCUGAUUGACUGGCUGGCCUCUGUGGAGCCCGAGCUCAUCGGCAUCUGUCCAACCUUGCAGAUGAAGCUACUCUUUGGGAAGACCAGGGUUCACCUGAAGAUCGACGAGACUGUCGUCAACUCUCACGCCUGCAGACCUUAUCUGUUGACUCUGCUGACCCACAGGGCUUCCUGGGCGACUCUGCAGAAGUGCGUGGGGCAUUUACUGGACAAGUGCGACGACGGCUACGACCCCACGGCUGUUCUCGACUUCCUCUGGGCGCUGACCUGCAAUCCAAAGCUGUGGCAGGGUCGUGACAAGUUCACCCCGAAGCACUACGUCCCCGAGAACAUUCUCCUCCUGAAUGAGAAGCAACUGCUGACCCUGGUGGCGUACCUCGUCGCCGAGGCAGUGAUUAUCCACGACAGACAGAGCAGGAACGUAGCUCUGACUCAGAUGGAGACUAGGCUCGAUCUACUCCAGCAUUGUGUGUCGACAGAGGAGAAAUUCACGUCGGACGUUGUGAAUUACCUAGCAGACAGAAUGAUGUACGACAGCAAUGCCGUCGAGUCUGACAUGGCCCACCAGUUCCUCCUGCACAUGUACAUGAAGAUACCGAAGGUCAUCACGUGCUUGAACCCAUCUCAAAAGAAGAAGUUCGUGGCUGGGGCUAAUAUCAAAGACUGGACUGGCUCAGUGCUGGAUGCCAUGAGCCAUUCUCUGCUGACAGCGCUCGCUGCCACCCCGAGGCAGAAGUCGUGGGCAGCAAAGUCCCAAGAGUUCGAACUCUGUGCGAGGAAAAUGGCAGCUGUCCACCCCAUUCUGGUCCUUCGACAGCUGCCAAUGCUUGCCUCGUCGUUGAUGGGCAGGUGCUACCUGGAGUACAACGAGUUUCGGUCUGGUCAUCAUCUGAAUUUGUUUAUUCAGGUGAUGGGACUGCUGGAGCUGCUCCAGCCUUAUCUGUUUAAUGAGCAGCACAGGGACGCCUUGGAAGACACUCUUCAGAACUACUUCCAAUGCUUCCAGAAUUAUGGGCCUUACAAGGAUCAUCAUUUGUUGACGCCACUUUUGAAUAGACUGGUGGGUCUGCUGCAGGGGUACAUCUCCCAUGGGGCCCAGAGGGCUCUCAAGUACCUGCACAAGCACAUUCCCACGUUGAGGGAGCUGCAGGGGUACUUCCCAGGGCUGACGAGCUUGAGAUCACUGAUAACUUCGAUACCAGGCCCUCGGGAGGGGACCAAUGGCGAGGAGAUUUUCAUCACUGGACCUCCAACCACUAGGGUCGAGCCCAAUUAUCCUGAGCAUUACCCAGGGCUCAUCACCACACUGGCCAAGAUCCAAGGGGAGGACGUGUUCUCGGCACUUCAGGAGAUCGAGCACACGUCGUCGAAGAAACCGUCGAUUCUGGAGUUCUUUACUGAUAGUAUAACGGAACUUCUGGUGUCGCCACAGGGGAACAUCAGGACUCUGGCUCAUACGCUGAUCACGAGGGCCUUGAAACAUCGACCUGCACCGAAUCUCAAUGUUCUCUCGGCUUUUCAGAGGUGUCUUGACAGCCCCAGGUCUGAUGUUCUCAUGUCAGCUCUUGACAGGCUACCGGACAUCGUUCUCUGCAUGCAGGAACAUGCGUUGCCGCUCAUGCAGAAAGUGUUCGAAUUGGGGGUCAACUCGAAUGUCAAUACUAUUCCACAUAUUAAUAAGAGCAUUGCAUUGUUGAACACGCAGCAAGGCUGCUGAAUGAGUCUGGUGAUUGUAGGAAAAUUCGGAGGGAGAGAGUUAAAGAUGACGGGGGUUUAUAUAUAUCUGUGUUGAAAAUUAAUUUUUAUUCAAUAUAUAUAUGUACAGACUAUGGGUUUCUCUGAUGGAAACUUAAAUUAUGAAUACAAUUUUUUUUAUU